AUGAAAGAAGGCGGUAGCCAGCACAAGUUUAAGUCUUUCUUGACGCGAAUCGACAACAUUGACAUCAAUGUAAGAAAACUUGGUAAACGAAAAACGGAGAAGCUGGAGUCCGAGGAGGUCACCUCCUUCUUCAAAGAAUCCUUAGAGUCCUGGCGCGAGUUGAACCUAACUGCAAACUUUUGUGCUUUUGUUCGAGAAGUUUACGCCUUAAGCGAAACGUUAGUGCAAGUCGUACAUCAUGCUGAAGAAAUUGUGAUGCUUUUGGAAAAACACCUCCAGAUUGAAAAUAGUAUGGCUAUUGAGCCAUUGCUCGAUUUGACAGUAAAUUUAGCGAAAGAUCUCGGCGAGGAUUUUUAUCCUUAUUAUGAAAAUGUUCUUACUGUUGUGCUUCAUUUGGCGAAACAACGAGAUGCUGACAUUCUUGAGUGGACAUUCAAUUGUGUCGCUUACUUGUUCAAGAUUCUCGUAAAACCAAUAACGAAGGACUUAAAGACCACUUACAAUUUACUAGCACCAUUGCUUGGCGAAGUGCAUUAUGAGGUGUUUAUAAGGAAAUUCUCGGCACAGGCGUUCUCAUUCCUAUUAAGAAAAGUGAGUGGAUCUGACCUUGAGGAUUUCGUUCAAUACAUGUUUCAGUCCUUGAAAGACCAGCCGACCCAAGAGUAUUAUGAGGGUCUUAGUAUGCUAUAUAAUGAGACUAUAAAGACAGUCAAUACACGUCUUCAUUCAAAAGCCGUAACCAUGAUCCAAACAUUGUUAUCUGUGCUGUAUAGAGAGUUAAAUCUCACUAACUAUAAGCAUAAUGAUACGUUCGAUUUCGAAGCAAACCUGACUUUUCGCGUUCUAAAAAACACAAUAAUCUCAUUAAUUCAUUACACAAUUGCCGAGUACUUUACACCCGUGUUGGAGUGCUUUCUGGUAGAAUUACAGACGCAGGCGAAUUAUUUACGAUCAAAGAACAAUCAAGCGGACAUGGCACGAAUAAUUGUCAAUUUAUCAAUGUGUUUUGUGUGUAUUACUACGAAGCAGGGAUCAUGUGUUUCGGAUAUAGAACGCAUAUUCUGCGUAACUCGGAAUCUCGCGCCUUAUCUAAUAAUAAAGAAUGAAUCAGAUCAAUCGAAUGGUGUCGCGAAAACGGCUCAACAUCAAAUCGUAAAACUUAGUCUUUCUUUACUUUUAUGUGCUGAUGAAAGUACAGUAAAAGUAUCCGGGAAAAAAUUGAUUAAUCAAAUAUUUGAAUGUAAAGAUGCGGAUGACGUACUAUUCUUCUCUUUGAUGCUCUCAAAGCUCAACUUUGAUCAAUACUCAUCUCUUGUUAUCCCGAACAUUAUUAAAUUCUGCGCAAAGUAUUGGAAAAGUGAUCCCGAAAAAUUCAUCCUGUUCCUCUCUUACAUGAUUUCAACUGACGGUUUCAAGAAACUAAAGAAUGUCACGAAAUCACAAUUUGUGACUGGUAAAGGAUUAAUCAAAUUUCCGAUCGACAACAAAAAUAAUGAACUCUCCACACAAUUUUUGCAAGUUCUCGAAAAUAAUUACGAAUGGAUUGAAGAAGCAGAAUUGUCGAGUCAUUUUGAUAUGAAUGAAAAUUUAAUACAUGUUCCGAAGAUAUGUCUUGUCGCGUCUACGUUACAAAUAAUUCCUGGGCUUGAACUCGAGUUCUCUGAAACGAUUAAGACUCUCACCUGUCUGAUAAAUUCCCUAGUCAAAGCAUUGGAAGAUGGCACUUCUUCAAAGUAUUCUUCUUUCUCGCCAUUGAUUGAACGUCAAUUUACUCGUGGAUCACCGUUGGUAAUUUUAGAAAACCUAUUAGGUCUUGCAAUAGAGACUUUCACUAAUGUAUGUGCACCAAUGGGUAAUCAAGGAAUCAUGUCAAUAAAUAUUCUAUGGAAGACAGUUUUUUACCGUGUGUUGAUGAAAUAUAAUCAUAAUGAAGUUAUCCUACGUGCUGUAGAAGGAUUUCUGAGUCUUUUACGCACAAGUACAAAGUAUUCGAGUCGUUUUGCUUGCGCAUUUUUAGCUGAAAUUUACCCGAUUCUCAAAACGAGAAUCAAUUCAUUUGGACAUUAUCAUCGGCUCUACACGUUGAAAAUUCUUAGUCUUUUUGAUCAAUAUAGUCUUAAGCCGAUCGAAAAUACAAAAAAGUCAAAAGCGCAACAAGAAAACUCUAUUUCUGCCGACCGACAACCCUGUGAGGUCUUCAAAAUAGCAUUGGCAAUUGAGCAAAUUGUGCCCACAAUAGAUAAUUAUCGCGAAAAAAUAAUAAAACUAAAGAAUAUGGUGAACCUGGUCACUUCUGGACGAGUUCCCGCAUUUUAUAUUGAGGUGUUACCGCGUGUUUGUUUGGGAUUUUUUACUUACAACCUCAGUCCACUUUGGCCCGAAGCGGUCAAAGCACUCGUAAAAAUUGCAUAUCUUGACGAGAAAAUAGUAUGGGAUCUUUUAUAUUCAGAAUUAUCCCGGUUCAAAGAUCAAGCUAACUUUGCGGAACAUAAAUUCUCUUCAACGACCUUGACUUAUUAUUUCAAGGAGAAGGAGAAACAGAACAUGCCGCCGAAGGCUUUAAAGAUAAUUGGAGAAUUGACAUUUGAAUGUCCACAUCUGAACAAAUAUAAUCAAAUAAUUAAAGAAUCAGAGGAAUUCUUUUCAGCUCGAAUGAAUAAUAGAUUCUUGAUGCAUUUUAUCUCUCUCUGUUCUCCCAGCACAGAAAGAUACGAUUAUUGGAAAUAUUAUACGCUGCUUAUCAAUACCUUGACUGAAGCUCCGCAUCUCGCUGAACAUAAUACCAUCAAGAUUGUGCCAUUCUUUCUAGAAUUUGCAUGUUCGGACAUGGAUAUAGAAAGCGACACUCGGGAGAACACUGAAAACAUGGACAUUGAUAAAGAAGAAUCCAUUAAUAUAUUGCAACGGACACCUAAAGCUUGUAGAAAUAAUCUAAUUGCAUUUUUAAAGUUAUUUACAAAAUUCAAAAAUCCGGCAAAGGCACAUCAAUCAGAGGAAUUAGAAGCAGUUUUUAUGCAACUUUUGAGUAAUGGCGAUCUGCAAUUACAAAUGCUUUCACUUAGUUGUUUGUUGGCGUGGAAAUCUCAAAAUGUAAUUCCUUAUGAAAACAAUCUCAGGAAUUUGCUGGAUGAAGCUAAGUUCCGAGAUGAAUUAUCCACAUUUUCUCUAAGCAAAGACGAGAAUGGCGCUAUCAAAUAUGAGCAUCGGGAAGAGGUCAUGGAGCUAGUGCUUCGAAUCUUGUACGGACGAAUGAUCACUCGAAAGAAUAAAGACUCAGCCAAGGGUAUGAAAGCACGUAGGAUAGCGGUUUUGGUGGCAUUGAACAAUUGUCGCAUACACGAAUUGAAUACACUGAUUGAUUUGAUUUUACAACCAUUCGCGGAAGUUCGUAAACUUUCAAGAGUUGUUAAAAUGCAAUUUGCUUUCAAGGAUAUCAAUAUCAGCAAAUUCGUAUCACAUAGAAAGCAAAUUGGGUACUUAAAUAUGCUCGAAGAUUUGCUGAAACAGCUGGGUGCACAUAUAUUCAUAUUUAUACCUGAUCUCUUUAAAAUACUUUUAUAUAUUGUCCACGAUGCACAAAAGAAAUUGACGGCUGAUGUUGAUCCGGCUCAAUUGCACAACAUCAAUCAGCUCAAAUCUAUUAGACAGCUCGGCUUUAAAAGGAUGAUUCAAUUCUUUGAGCUGCCUGGAUUCUUCGAUUUUACUCCAUAUAUGAAAGCGAUGUUUGAUUCGUUCAUAUCACCAAAGCUUCCGAAAUGGGAGUUGGAAAAUACUCAAGCACCUUCUGCACUGAUGGAGCUUUUUGCAACUUGGUCAUCUCGAAAAGAAUAUCUUGUUUUUUUUACAGAUUAUAAUAAUGACGUUCUACCGAAACUGUUUGCUUGUCUUAGUGCAAAAAAGGUGCAACAUUCGGUAUAUUCGAUGAUUCUAGAUAUUAUAGAGAAUAUCUUAAAAAUAUGCGACAGCGAAGAACCUGAAGACAUAGAAAAUUUGUUAACAGAUAAACUAUUCGAUGACAAAGACUUCGCCGAUCUAGAAAACGAGUUGGCAGAUCAAAUUUGCGAAGAUGGAGACUCGGACAACACCGAAAAUUCGUUAACGAAUAAAAUUUUGAAACCACAUGUUUCAUCACUAUUUGAUCAUCUCGAGUUUGUCAUAUCAAACCCAUCAUCAUCUCAGAAAGAUAGGUUUGCAAAGCGGGAAAUUACUAUACUGUCACACAUUGCUGGAUACGUGAACGAUUCAAAACAAGCGAAGAGAUUGAUUGAUCUUUUGAUGCCGUAUUUACGCAAGCCAACACAUAUUAUAUCGGAAAAAACUAAGUUAGAUAUUCUCUGCAUCUUUUUGAAUAUUGGAACCUUGAUACCUGGAUUCACCAAAAACGGUCGAUAUUAUAAUUUGAUUUCUGAACUUUUUGCUACUAUUGAUAGUAGAGAAUGUAGAAACAUGCUUAUCUUAAUCUUCAGAGAAUUUGCAAGCAAAGAACCUGAAUUAAGCGUAGUUGCAGGACUCAUCUCAGACCUCAAUAGUUAUUCGACUAAAAAUUUAGAUGCUCCGGAUUUUGACACACGUCUAAAUGCCUUCAAUCGAAUUAACACCGAAUUGUAUCAGAAAUUUAGAGUUGUCGAGUGGACUCCAGUGCUUUAUAAUUGCUUACAUUUCACCCAAGAUCCAGAAGAGUCAUCGAUUCGUAAUAAUGCAUCAUUCACGUUGAAGCGAUUUAUAGAUCGUCUCAAUGAGAAUAUUGCAGAUAAUGUCGAAAAAUGGAACUUUAAUUCAACAAUGAUUAAUAUUAUAUUUAAGGGCAUUAAGCGAGGUCUAAAAAGCAGAUCUGAAAUCGUUCGCGUUGAAUUUCUAUCAAUUCUUUCACACGCCGUAAAAAAUUGCUCAAAUCUUCCACAGCUUGCCGAUAUGCAAUGUCUAUUAUUCAAUAAUGAUGAGGAAGCCAAUAUAUUUAACAAUCUUUAUCAUAUUCAAAUUCAUCGUCGAAUUCGAGCGCUCACUCGAUUGGCUAAUGAAUGCACGUCUGGGAAAUUAAACAAUAACACUUUAUCACAGAUAUUUAUACCAUUAAUCUCGCAUUUCAUCUUUGAGGCAGAUAAAGUUACAAAUCACAAUCUUAUUAACGAAACGAUUACCACAUUGGGAGCAAUUUCUUUACAAUUAUCAUGGCGAAAUUAUUAUUCCUUCUUGAAGCAAUUCUUGGGUUUGAUGUUUCAUAAAAAAGAUUUGGAGAAAAUUCUUUUGAAGCAGUAUCUGACUCAACGUGAUAGUGAAAAUAUCACUAUACGAAUACCUAUCGCUUUAGCAAUCACAAAACUCUUAAUCGCCUUACCAGAAUCUUCGUUACGCAUAAAUUUGCCCGGAUUACUUACUACCAUUUGUCAAAUUCUUCGAAGCCGUAGUCAAGACGUUCGCGAUACGACUCGAAAUACACUAGUCAAGAUUUCUAAUCUACUUGGACCCAUGUACUUUUCAUUUAUAGUCAAGGAACUAAAAGCUGCACUUACUCAAGGUUACCAAUUACACGUUCUUGGUUACACUUUACAUUCUCUCCUUUUGGAUUUAGUGCCUAAACUAGAAGCGGGCGCGAUUGAUUACUGUGUCGACGAGGUUACGGAAAUAUUGAUAAAUGAUAUUUUCGGCGAAGUAGGCCAAGAGAAAGAUAUUGAUGAGAUUACAGGGAAAACGAAAGAAAUGAAAUCAAAAAAGAGCUUUGAUUCUUUCGAGUUGCUAGCAAAAGUCAUCGAUUUUCGAAAUAUUGGCAUUCUAUUAUUACCAUUGAAAAAUAUCAUGAGAGAAACUCAGAACGUUAAAAUUCUUAUUAAGGUGGAUGAAAUCUUGCAAAGGAUUUCUAGUGGUCUUAAUGUUAAUACGAAUAUUCCAACACUGGAAAUGAUGUCUUUUUGUUCCGAUCUCAUUUCCCAAAAUUUAGAGAUGUUACAAAACGGACGAAAAAUUAAAGAAAAGAAGACCAAACUUGAGGAAAAUUUCACUGUUCAGUCGAGACAGCCGAUUGCACAAGCUCCAGUCAAUUAUCUUUUCCACAAUGGUUAUAAAUUUGUGGAAUUUGGAUUUCGAUUAUUAUUGGUGGCUCUUAAGCGUGGCAAGAUAGACACGAAAUCUGACGAACAUUUAAAACAGCUGAAUAAAUUUGUGGACACUCUCGGUGAUGCUAUUUACUCGAAACACACAAGCAUCAAUAUCCUCGCAUUAAAGAUUAUGUGUUUGAUAUGUAAAUUGCCUUUACCAUCGCUUCAGAGUGCUUUUCCUGUCCUCGAUACUCAACUAGUAAAGCUCGCUAGUGACUCUGAUGCUAGCACUGAACUUGUCCAAAAUUGUUUCCGUCUUUUGACCGUUUUAAUGCGCGAUUGCCAGCAACGAUUUAACAUAAAAUUGAAUGCAUUGAAAUAUCUGGUAAACCUUAUUCUACCAAACAUCGAGGAACCAGAAAUGCAACCAACUCAAUUUCCCUUGAUUCGCGCUAUUAUAACUCGGAAAUAUUUGUUACCUGAAAUAUAUGAGCUAAUUGAUAAGCUAAAGGAAGUCAUGGUCACAAGUCAAAGUGCAAAUGUCCGAGAACAAUGUCGAAUAAUUUUUUUCAACUUCUUGCUUGAUUAUCCACAAGGCGAUACUCGACUAAAAAAAGAGAUGAACUUUUUAAUUGCUAAUCUCGAAUAUGAAUACGAAAGUGGCCGACAAUCCGUCCUGGAAAUGCUUAAUUCUAUACUCCUAAAAUUCCCUGUUGAAAUUACAAGACAAUAUCUUCAGGGAUUAUUCUUAUCUUUAUCUUUACGACUAGUAAAUGAUGACGCAAAGAAAUGCAAGGAUAUGUCGGGAGAGUUAAUAAAAAUGAUGUUUAAGAUAAUGAGCGAGGAUCAACUGGACAAGACUAUCAAACUGUUGAAUAAAUGGCUAGACCUGGAUAAUCAACCAAAUUUCCAAAAAAUGUCAUCUCUUGUAUACGGACUUUUUGUUGAAGAAUUUGAUGUAGAAUCUUCUCGAUAUAUACCCGAAUUACUUGUACGAUUAGCAACAAUAUUGACUGCAAGUCGUGAUCGAUUAAAGGCGAUCGAAGAAUCAAAUGAUGAAGACAUGGAAAUUUCCGACUGGGAAGCUGCUUAUUGCUCAUUGAACACUUUGACAAAGAUAAUGCAAAUAUUCCCGUCGCAGAUAUACACAGAGCAUUUCACGCCUUUAUGGCCGUUAAUACAUGAACAUUUGUUACAUCCUCGCAAUUUGAUUGGACUUUCUUCAAGUCGAAUAUUCGGGAGAUAUUUUGCAAAUAUUGAUCCACAAAUAUUUGGUAAAGAAAAAAUUUUUUUCUAUUUGACACCAGCAAUUCUGAAGGACUUGGUGAUGAUGUUUUGUGAACAACUCAAAAGCCAAUAUCUCUCUGCUGAGCUUGCUACACAAAUAGUCAAGAAUCUUUUCUUUAUAGGAAAAUGUUUCUUUUAUAUGUAUCGCACUGCUAUUCAAACCGAAUUAGAAACAGAGGCUGAUGUCGAUGAAGCAGCAACUAUAAAUCUUAAUGAGGAAACCGAAACUAAUAAAGAAGCCAGCUAUCUGAGAUGGCUCUUUAAUAAGCUUUCUUAUCAAGCAAGAUCAGCUUCCACCAAAACAUUAGAAAACAUCUUACAGUUACAGAGCAUCUUUAAAUGGUUUGCGUCAAUGGUGAUUUUCAUGCCUCCCGAAUCUGUGUUAAUCCCCGAUUUGGUACUUGUCAUCUCUCCGAUAUACCGUCUAAUAAACGACCAAUCGCUACAUGGCGAAGAACCAAAAUCAUUACGUAAUCUCGGCCAAGAAAUUCUUUUGCACGUACAAAAUCACGUAGGCACAACGUUGUAUCAUAAUGCCUAUAAUCAAGUUCGUAACCGAGCCGCAGAAAUCAGAAAAGCUCGAAAAGAGCAAAAAACUAUAAAGACGUUGGUUGAUCCGGCAUCUGUAGCUCGUAAAAGAAUUAAAAAAAAUGAAAAUAAAUCCAAGAAGAGACGGAAAUUGGAAAAUUAUAAUAAAG